AUGAAGGUGUUUAGUGUCUUAACUAUUUGUUGUACUAUUGUUGCAGCCUCUCCACUUGGUAACUGGGCUGCUCUCAGUGGAAACGAUGCUCUUGAACUUCGGUUAAUUAAAUUGGGUCCUCAAGAAUAUAGUAUUAUUUCCGAACUGGAGAAGGUAUCAUUAAGAAGACGUGGUAAGAAGUUUAUGGAUGUGACUAAUCAAAUUAGUAUUGAAGAAGCUUAUACUUUAGGUUUGGUUUCCAGACCCCAAACUUCACUUUGGAAACAAAUGCUAUUCAGUGCAUCUGGAGCUAAACAGAUUGAAAUGAUGAAUAAGCCUGUCAAGGAAUAUAAAUAUCCUAAAAAGUUAAGUUAUAAAUCUUUAGUACAAGAUUUGAAUGAUCAAAUUGAUAAAGAUUCGAUAUAUGAGAAUUUGAGCCAGUUCACUAGUUUUUAUACCAGAUAUUAUAAGUCCAAGUCGGGAGCUGAAAGCUCUGAUUGGCUUUAUGAAAAGGUUAAUCAUCUUACCAAACCCAUUAGUAAAGAUUAUGAAGUGAAUAUUACAAGAGUUCACCAUAAAGGUUGGGACCAAACAUCAUUAAUUGUGUCGAUUCCUGGGAAUGUCACAGAUAAAGUUGUUGUAGGUGCACAUCAAGAUUCUAUACAUUUAUUGUUACCUCAACUUAGAGCUCCGGGAGCAGACGAUGAUGGUUCUGGAACCGUGACUACUUUAGAAGCCUUAAGAUUGGUUGUUCAAGCCAUUUCCACAGGACAAUUUAGUCCUUAUAAUACUCUUGAAUUUCAUUACUAUUCUGCAGAGGAAGGUGGAUUAUUAGGUUCUGCAGAUGUUUUCGCUCGCUAUUAUGAUUCUGGUGCUGUGGUUCUCAGUAUGUUACAACAAGAUAUGACCGGGUAUUCCACCGGAUCCAAAAACCAAGGCAUUGAAGAGCAUUUAGGUUUAAUCACCGAUUAUACUAAUGUUGGAUUAAAUGGGUUCUUGAAACUUGUUAUUGAUACUUAUAAUGAUAUUCCAUAUCAUGAAACAGAAUGUGGAUACGCAUGUUCUGAUCAUGCUUCAGCUUUAGAAAAUGGUUAUCCUUCGGCUUUUAUCAUUGAGAGUGAAUUCAAGUUCAGUAACCAAUUUAUUCAUUCAUCUAUGGACACGAUCGAAAAAAUAGAUUUUGAUCAUGUUGCUGAGCAUGUGAAAUUGACUGUUGGUUAUGCCAUAGAAUUGUCUGGAACCAACAUCUUAAAUAAAAGUAAUUAA